UCCAACAGCCUUGGGAAAAAAAAAAAAAAAAAAAAAAAAAAAAAUGGAAAACGUUAAUUAUGUAAGAAAACUCUCCUCCCAGUAGUGACAAAAGUGACUCAUCCCACCAGGACCUGGCAGAGCAGGCAGCUGCCGGUGCCGCUCAGCCCGGGCUACUUUGGGAUUUUAAAACCUUUUGGAAGGAGCCGGCGGGGAGCGGGCGCCGGAGCCGGGCGUGCGGAGCCGUGUCUCGCCCGCUCCGUCCAGCUCCAGCGAUGGCUUUUCUUGACCAAAACCUGCGACUUCGGCGUCCGCCGGCAAUGAAAAAGAAAGUGACAUAUUGGAAGGAGUGGAGUGGGGGGGAGCGGAGGAGGGCGGGCUUUCUCCUGCUUGAUCUAUGGAGCACGCCCCUUUUUAAACUGAGUCCCGGCAGCUCUCGUCCAGCAGCCCGACGGGGGGAGAGGCGGAAAGCGAGGGAGAGCAGGCAGGCAGGCGGGCGGGCGGCUCCCCCGUCCCGGCCCGUCGGUCCCGGUCCCGGUCCCGGCCCGUCCGCCCCGCACCAUGCGCGGCCCCCCGCGCCCCGCGCGCCGCCCGCCCGCGCGCCCCUAACGCCGCCGGGGCUGCGCCUUCCCGCGGCAGCGCUCCGGGGGCCGGCAGGGGAGAAAGGAGAAGGGAAAAAAAAAAAUUAAAAGAGGGAAAGGGAGGAAAAAGGACGAGAAGGAGCGGAGGCGGGGAAGGCUGCUCCUCCGAGGACAGCGCGCAGCACCAUGCAGCUGGCGCCGCUGGCGCUGGCACUCACCACGCUCUUCAUCGACGGCUUGAGGACGGGAGCGAGGAGGCAGAAGCUGCACCCCAGGCAAGCCCAGCUGCUGGAGAAGCUCAGCGAGUACGAGAUCGUGACUCCUACCCGAGUGAAUGAGUUCGGUGAGCCCUUCCCCACCGAUGUCCACUUCAGGCGGCGCCGGCGGAGCACCAGUGCCGCCCCCGACGCCUGGACGGCGGCCGCCGCCGCCUCCCCGAAGGCACACUACAGGCUGUCCGCCUUCGGGCAGCAGUUCCUCUUCAACCUGACGGCCAGCUCGGCCUUCAUCGCCCCGCUCUUCACCGUCAGCCUCCUGGGAGAGCCCGCCGCGGAGCAGCGGCGCCUCUACGCCGAGGCGGCCGACGCCGACGUGAAGCACUGCUUCUACCGGGGGCACGUCAACGCCCGGCCUCGGCUCACCGCCGUUAUCAGCCUCUGCUCCGGGAUGCUAGGCACAUUCAAGUCUGAUGAUGGGGACUAUUUUGUAGAGCCACUCCUAUCGCUUGAGGAACAGGAGUAUGAAGAAGAGCACAAUAAACCACAUCUUGUCUACCGACACCGGACACCUCCAACCAACUCUUCAGGGGACAGGCAGACUUGCAAUACUCCAGAUCAUGACCACAGUCACAAAAAGAACAAGCGGAAACACUGGAGAAGGCAGUGGGCAGACAGCAGCAUAUUAUCUGACGUGGAGAUGUUGAAACACAGCCUGGAAGUGAAUUCUUUUUCUGGGGACAGCAACAAAACAGGGACCAUUGGUGAAAAGAAGAGCCACAAGCGAACGAAGCGGUUCCUGUCCUACCCACGUUUUGUGGAGGUGAUGGUGGUGGCUGACAGCAGGAUGGUCGCCUACCAUGGAGCCAACCUACAGCACUAUGUCUUAACCCUGAUGUCAAUAGUGGCUUCUAUCUACAAAGACCCAAGCAUUGGAAAUUUAAUUAAUAUUGUUAUUGUGAAAUUGGUCGUGAUACAUAAUGAGCAGGAUGGACCUGCAAUAUCUUACAAUGCCCAGACAACAUUAAAAAACUUCUGCCAAUGGCAGCAGUCCCAAAACCACCCAGAGGGAAGUCACCUUCGGCAUGAUACAGCCGUGCUUGUUACCAGACAGGAUAUUUGUAGAGCGCACGACAAAUGUGAUACUCUGGGUCUGGCAGAGCUGGGCACAGUCUGUGACCCAUACAGGAGCUGUUCCAUUAGUGAAGAUAAUGGACUGAGCACUGCUUUCACAAUAGCACAUGAACUUGGCCAUGUAUUUAACAUGCCACAUGAUGACAAUCACAAGUGCAAGGAAGAUGGAGGUAAAAAUCAACAGCAUGUCAUGGCACCAACACUGAACUUCUAUACCAAUCCCUGGAUGUGGUCAAAAUGCAGUAGGAAAUACAUCACUGAAUUUCUGGACACUGGUUAUGGGGAGUGUUUGCUUGAUGAACCUUCAUCAAGAACUUACACAUUGCCUCAGCAGCUCCCAGGGCUGAUUUAUGACGUCAACAAACAAUGUGAGUUGAUUUUUGGACCCGGAUCCCAAGUGUGCCCCUAUAUGCAGAUGCAGUGUCGGCGACUUUGGUGUAUCAACGUUGAUGGUGCUCACAAGGGAUGUCGAACCCAACACACACCUUGGGCUGAUGGGACAGAAUGUGAGCCUGGAAAGCACUGCAGGUUUGGGAUGUGUGUGCCCAAGGAGCGAGAGGCGCCGGUGACAGACGGAGCCUGGGGCACCUGGAGCCCCUUCGGGACCUGCUCCAGGAGCUGCGGCGGCGGCAUAAAGACGGCGAUUCGAGAGUGCAACAGGCCCGAACCCAAAAACGGUGGGAAAUACUGCGUGGGACGUCGCAUGAAGUUUAAAUCCUGCAACACGGAGCCGUGCUCAAAGCUGAAGAAGGAUUUCCGGGAUGAGCAGUGUGCCGAGUUCGAUGGGAAGCACUUCAACAUCAACGGGCUGCCCACCAACGUGCGCUGGGUUCCCAAGUACAGCGGCAUCCUGAUGAAGGAUCGGUGCAAGCUGUUCUGCCGGGUGGCGGGGAGCACAGCCUACUACCAGCUGCGGGACCGCGUCAUCGACGGCACGCCCUGCGGCCCCGACACCGACGACAUCUGCGUGCAGGGCCUCUGCCGGCAAGCUGGAUGUGAUCAUGUGCUGAAUUCAAAAGCAAGAAGAGAUAAAUGUGGUGUUUGUGGUGGGGAUAAUUCUUCAUGCAAAACUGUUGCAGGCACAUUUAACACGGUGCAUUAUGGUUAUAACAUUGUGGUUCGCAUCCCAGCUGGUGCCACUAAUAUUGAUGUGCGUCAGCACAGUUACUCAGGGAAACCAGAGGAUGACAACUACCUGGUUCUUGUUUUUUGCACCUAUGCAGCCUUAUCUAACAGUCAAGGAGACUUUAUAUUAAAUGGAGACUUUGUCGUCAGUAUGUUUAAAAGGGAAAUCAAAGUUGGGAAUGCUGUGAUCGAAUACAGCGGCUCCGAUAAUACUAUUGAAAGGAUUAAUUCCACAGAUCGGAUUGAGCAAGAGAUAACACUUCAGGUUUUAUCAGUGGGCAAUUUGUACAAUCCUGACGUUCGUUACACAUUCAAUAUCCCUAUUGAGGACAAGCCUCAGCAGUUUUACUGGAAUGAGCAUGGCCCAUGGCAGCCCUGCAGUAAGCUCUGCCAAGGAGAACGAAAAAGGAAGCCUGUGUGUAAGAGAGAGUCAGAUCAGCUCACAGUGUCGGACCAGCGAUGCGAUCGAAUUCCGCAGCCUGACCCCACCACCGAGCCUUGUAACACAGAGUGUGAAUUAAGGUGGCACGUGGCGAGGAAGAGCGAGUGCACGGCGCAGUGCGGGCUGGGCUACCGCACCCUGGAGAUCUACUGCUCCAAGUACAGCCGGCUGGAGGGCAAGACUGAGAAGGUGGACGACCGCUUCUGCAGCAGCCAGGCCAAGCCCAGCACCAGGGAGAAGUGCACUGGAGACUGUAACGUGGGAGGAUGGCGGUACUCAGCCUGGACUGAGUGCUCCAAGAGCUGCGGCGGGGGCACGCGGCGGCGCCGAGCCAUGUGUGUCAGCACCUACAACGACGUCCUGGACGACAGCAAGUGCAGCCAGCAGGAGAAGCUGACGGUGCAGCGCUGCAGUGACUUCUCCUGCCCACAGUGGAAAACCGGUGACUGGUCCGAGUGCUUGGUCACCUGUGGAAAAGGGCACAAGCACCGCCAGACGUGGUGCCAGUUUGGAGAAGAUCGAUUGAACGACAGGUUUUGCGACCCCAAGACGAAGCCGGAGUCGGUGCAGAUGUGCCAGCAGCAGGAGUGUGCCUCGUGGCAAGUGGGGCCGUGGGGCCAGUGCACUGUGACUUGUGGCCAAGGCUACCAGAUGAGAGCAGUGAAGUGUGUUGUGGGCACCUACAUGUCAGUGGUGGAUGAUAAUGAGUGUAACGCUGCAACCAGGCCUACAGAUACCCAGGACUGUGAAAUAGCAGUAUGUCCUUCCCAUCCAAAUAGUCCUGAAGCCAAGAGAGCCGUAUCAGGCAUUCACAGGACACAGUGGAGAUUUGGAUCCUGGACACCGUGCUCCGCAACGUGUGGGAAGGGAACACGGAUGAGAUACGUCAGCUGCCGGGAUGAGCAGGGCUCUGUGGCCGAUGAGUCAGCUUGUUUCCACCUUCCAAAGCCAUCAGCCACAGAAAUGUGCACCGUGACACCCUGCGGCCAGUGGAAGGCCUUGGAGUGGAGCUCUUGCUCGGUGACUUGUGGUCAAGGUAAGGCAACGCGACAAGUGAUCUGCAUCAAUUACAGUGACCAGCUGGUGGAUAGGAGCGAGUGUGACCCAGAGGACCUCCCUGCCACCGAGCAAGACUGCUCCAUGUCUCCUUGUCAUCCAAACAGCCACGACUACGGCAGGCCCAUCCCCCCUUUCCUCUAUCCGGAUCAUCGCCUCAAGCCGCACCCUGGGGGCGGCCCGAACCGAAACCGUGCACAUACACCAGGAGGCAAUCAGUGGAGGAUUGGCCCCUGGGGUGCUUGCUCUAGCACAUGUGCAGGGGGGUUCCAGCGGCGGGUCGUGGUGUGCCAGGAUGAGAACGGAUACACCGCCAAUAACUGCGAUGAGAAAAGCAAACCCGUGGAGCAGAGAUCGUGCGAGUCUGGGCCCUGCCCUCAGUGGGUCUACGGCAACUGGGGAGAGUGCACAAAGCCAUGUGGAGCAGGGACAAGGACACGGCUGGUGGUGUGCCAACGCCCUAAUGGAGAAAGGUUUACAGAUCUGAGCUGUGAAAUCCUUGACAAGCCACCAGACAGAGAGCAGUGCAAUGUGCAGGACUGUCCUAGAGAUGCUGCCUGGAGUGCUGGUCCUUGGAGCCCGUGUUCUGUCUCCUGUGGAAGGGGCCAAAAGCACCGCAGUGUGUACUGUUUGUCAAAGGAAGGGAGGCAUGUAGAAGAAGAGAAUUGUAAACACCUUGCUAAGCCCAACGUGCAAAAGAAAUGCAGAGGGGGCAGAUGUCCGAAGUGGAAAGCAGGAGAUUGGGGCCAGUGCUCCGUGUCCUGCGGCCGGGGCGUGCAGCGCCGCUCGGUGCAGUGCCGCAGCGGCGGCCCCGCGGCAGCCCCGCAGCCCGAGUGCGACCCGGCCGGCCGGCCGCCGCCGCAGCGCCCCUGCCAGCUGCGCCCGUGCCCCGCGCCGCGCUGGGCAGCCGCCGAGUGGCAGCCGUGCACCAAGACGUGCGGGGAGGGGUCCCGGUUCCGCAAGGUGUUGUGUGUGGAUGAGAAGGAGCAGCUGCAGAGCAGCAGCUACUGCGACCCCAGCAAGCGCCCCCCCGAGGUGGAGAGCUGCGGGCUGCCCCCCUGCGAGUACAUCUGGAUCACGGGAGAGUGGUCAGAGUGCUCGGUCACGUGCGGCAAGGGCUACAGGCAGCGCCUCGUGUCCUGCAGUGAGAUUUACACUGGGAAGGACCACUAUGAAUAUGGCUACCAGAACAUGGUCAACUGUCCUGGCACACAGCCCCCCAACAUCCAGCCCUGCUACCUCGGAGAGUGCCCCAUCUCGGCCUCCUGGCGCGUCGGCAACUGGGGAAGCUGCUCUGUCACCUGUGGAGUUGGGGUCAUGCACCGCUCAGUGCAGUGCUUGACCAAUGAUGACCAGGUCAGCAGCUUGUGCCAUGUGGACCUGAAACCUGAGGAGAGGAGGACAUGCCACAAUGUCCAUGACUGUGAAUUACCAAGGAGUUGCAAAGACGUUAAAAAUCUUGGAGGUGUCACUGAAGAUGGUGAAUAUUUCCUGCAAGUCAAAGGAAAGACAUUAAAGGUGUAUUGCUCUGGCAUGCAGACUGACAGCCCAAAGGAGUAUGUGACCCUUGUAAACGGGGAUGCAGAGAAUUUUUCAGAGGUGUAUGGAUACAGAUUGCAUAACCCGACCGAGUGUCCGUAUAACGGGAGCAGACGAGAAGACUGCCAGUGUAGGAAAGAUUACACAGCAGCUGGGUUUUCCACCUUCAGCAAAGUAAGGCUGGACCUGAACACUAUGCAAAUAAUAACAACUGAUUUACAGUUUGCACAGACACAUGAUGGACGACCUGUUCCUUAUGCCACUGCUGGGGACUGCUACAGUGCUGCCAAAUGCCCGCAGGGUCGCUUCAGCAUAGACCUGUACGGGACAGGCCUGUCCCUGGUGGGAACAGCCAAGUGGCUCUCACAAGGGAAUUACGCCGUGUCGGAAAUUCAGAAAUCCCCAGAUGGUACCAAAGUAGUAGGAAGAUGUGGUGGUUACUGUGGGAAGUGCACUCCAUCAUCUGGAACAGGCCUGGACAUUCAGGUGUUAUAGCAAUGGUUCUCUGGGAGCAGCCAAGGGAGAUGAGAGAUGGAUGAAGGAUAGUGAUGCAAUACCUCUGCCUUCCACUUUUAUAUCUGUGUAUAUGUGUAUAUAGAUUGCAUAUUCCUAAUGUACAGUAUAAUAUUUAUGUUUGGGUUUAUUUAUUUUGAUUUAAUAUUUUUGUACGUAAAAUCAUUAUAUUAAGGCUGCUUUUACUAUUUUUAUUUUUUAUUGUUAAAUCCUGCAGUCAAACCACUGCAUUUUGCAUACUCUACAUUAUAUGUAGCAUUAUGACAAGUGAUACUUUAUUGUCACUGUGUUCAGUUGUUUACUUUCAGUCAGUAAUUUUCCUUCAGUUAUGGGCUGCUUUGGCCCUCCACGGUGCUACACAAUCUGCAUAGGGGUAUUUUUGGCAUUUCAAUCUGUCUUUAUGCAAGGAAAUUAGACAAGAUGUGCUUAAAUUUUUAUUUUAAGGGAUUAGGCUGACAACACUCAAGGAAAACAUGACAAUGAAUACUGUGCUAGUUGCAUCAGCAAUCUUUAUCUUUUAGGUGUGUUUUGAAUUUCACAUGACCUCUGUGGCCAGUGCUGAAAGCACUGGUUUGGUGCUAACAUGGUAUUUAUUAAUGCUCUGUAGUUUUAGUUAAUCCAGUGCCUUUAUCAUUGAAGAAGGGGAUAAAGCAGAAAAAUUGUCAGGCAAUUCAAAUCAAUCAAGAUCUACCCUGGGUUUCGGAAAAUUCCUGCAGAUGGAUCUUCAACUCAAGCCCCCUUUUUUAGGGCUCUGAAGUGAACUCACUUUUAAAAAAAAACAUAUCUUUGUCUCCUAAUUGCAUGUGCCACUGUGCUUCCUGACUCCAUCUGGAAGCAGGGUAUUAACUCAUCCCAGACAGGCUGAUCAGGCCAUAUGUUUCCCUGGGCUAUGUGCUCAGAAGAGAUGUAGUUUCUUACAGACUUUGUUACAAAAUCCUAGCGUGAAGCUGAAAGCAUCCCUGUGGUGCUCCCUCCCCAUGGGGCUGGUGAGGCUGUGGGGACAGCACACCCAGGGAUGGGGACAGCACACCCCGGGAUGGGGACAGCACACCCAGGGAUGGGGACAGCACGCCCCGGGAUGGGGACAGCACGCCCAGCCAAGCCACCCCUGUUCUUGGCCAGGGUACUCCCCUGCAGGCACUUGCAGCAUUUCCCCAGCUUCCUACUCACUCCCAGACCAUCUGCAAAGGGAGGCUUCACUGCCUCCUUUCAACAAGAUCACUCUGUACCUACAGAUGAUUCUGCCCCCCCUUCAAAAGCAAGCUGCUUUACGCCUACUCCUGUGUUGCUUCGGAUCUUCCUGGUAAGGCAUCUGUGCUCCUUGCCUCUCCUCAUUCCCAUGUACAGCCACACAUUUGCUGUUGGCUUUUUUUUAAUCAAACUGAGGAGCCAUGUCCCUCAGGUGUGGUGGCUCCUGCCUGUACAUAGCCCUGUGCCUGUGGCAUGCCACGCUUUCACAGAGCUUUGUAGCACAUGGAACAGGGGUGAUGUGACCAGGCUGUUGGUGUAGUCUAUGACUAUGUCCCUUAUCUCCUUCUCCACGACUUUACUUAGUGAUAGGAAGAUGCUGCCCUUUCACCUUAUGUGUCAAGGCAGCCAGGAGCACAAAGUACAAGGAAAGGAAGCUUUUCAGCACAAAAUUACCAGCAGUUUGGAAAACCAAAGAGGCUUAUCUGCUACUCCAGAUAACUCUUUCCAUUUUGGAUUCAAGCAGUUACCAAACACAACCUCGGGAUCAUGUGUGAGUCUUUUACAGAGUUCCCCAAAGGAUGUGUAAUCAGUGUGUUACAAAACAGUCGGAUCAAUGGUGAUAAACGAUCUGAUCCCUGGAUUGUGUGUGCUGGGCUGUGUUCAGCCUUUGGAGUGAAACCUGUCAGCCUGACAAUCAGGGAUUGACACAUUCCUGUCAGCUGGGAGACAUCUCACAGGCUAGCAGGGCUGUAGAACUGGUGAAGGAAAGAAGAAAAAGGGAAAGAGAAAGAGAAAAAAGGGAAAGAUGAAAAGAGCAAUAAUGGAAUAGUGAUUUUCUAAUGAUAAAUGCUUAUGUAUCAAUUCUGUAGGGGAAAAGGGAAAAUUGCACUAUGGACUUUAGAAAGAAAUAAUGAUGCUUUACCACUGUAAAUGAAGUGAAUGGCUAUUUAUAAAAAGAAAUACUAUUUUGACCUGUGCACAUUCAUUUCUACCAUAUAGUUUCAGAGCAGCUAUUAACAGAGCUAGCAGAACCUAAAAAAAUAUGAAAUAAACUAUAAGGGAAAAAAUGACAGUACUGAUCCUGACAUUCCUUAACAGUCAUCAUUAGAUAGAGCAGAUUUUGAGGAUCAGAGAUAAUAGACAUUUCUUGUUCAGGAAAGAACUCUGGGUUUUGUAUAUCAAUGCCAUUAUUUUUCUACAAACUGGGGUAUUUUUUUGCAAGCACUUUCCUGUACAAUGUUUCUUUUCUUUCUGCUUAUACUCAAAAGGAAAUGAGAAUACCUGUAUGACGUGUCUGUAUGGUCUUGCUGCAUUUGCCAUCAUAUCUCAAUACCUGUGUGCUACUAUAGAGGCAAAAUACUUUGUACACAAGGGAAUAAUACAUUGAAUGAUAAACA